AUGGCAUCAGACACUGGUCGGCCCUCGCGGCGGUCCAACACGUUGAAAUUGCCCAUUGCCUUUUCCUCCCUGGCGGUUGUCGCCAUCUUGCUUCUUUCAUAUGUAUACCGUGAUUCUCCUGUCCCUCAAGUUUCUUCUUUUAAGCGUCCCGCCGCCACCGAAGCCGUGACGGUGUCCCUUGAAGACCCCGAGUCGUACAAUCAUACCCUCUACCGCCGUCUGGAUCCCUACUCUUGUACCAAGGACAUCCCCUGUCAAACAGAAGCCUGCUGCGGCUCUUUCUUCGGGGGCGACAUUGGCACCUGCGGCUUCGGUGACACAUUCUGCGGCUCCGACUGCGUGAGCCAGUGCGAUGCCAAACCCGAAUGCGGCGCAGACGCCGACCCCACCGAUAGAACGUGUCCCUUGAAUGUCUGCUGCAGCAAAUUCGGGUUCUGCGGUACGACGGACGAGUUCUGCGAUGUCUCUCAGGGCUGCCAGAACAACUGCGGUAGUCCCGCUGUGCCUCCGGGGAAAAGCUCGAAGCCGGUCACAAGCAAGGUGAUUGGUUACUACGAGGCCUGGAGUGCACGCCGGGAAUGCUAUCCUUUCCCUCCUGCCGCGAUCCCCAUUCAGGGACUGACGCAUCUGAACUUUGCCUUUGGGUAUAUUGAUCCGAAGUCGUUUGAGAUUGUGCCUAUGGAUGGGCUGACCCCUUCCUCGCUGUUUACGCAGACGGCUGAUGUGAGGACCUUCAAGACAGGUUUAUCUGAUCUGGAGGUAUUUGUCGCGCUUGGUGGGUGGACGUUUAGUGAUAAUGAGACGGCGACGCAGCCGACGUUUGGGGACAUUUCAAGGACAGAGAGUAACCGGCAGAAGUUUGCCAAUAAUCUCGUGGAUUUCAUGAAGAAAUAUGGGUUUGAUGGUGUUGAUUUGGACUGGGAAUACCCCGGAGCCGGUGACCGAGGCGGCAACGAAGAAGACACCCAGAACUAUGUCCUCCUCCUCAAGACGCUCCGAGAGACAUUCGACAGGUCCUCUCAUGGCCCCUACGGCCUGACCUUUACCAUACCCAGUUCCUAUUGGUAUCUCCGGUGGUUUGAUGUCCCUAGCAUGCUGGAGUAUGCUGACUGGACUAAUAUGAUGACCUAUGAUCUUCAUGGGGAGUGGGACAAGCUGAACCCCAUUGGAGAUAUCAUCCAGGGACAUACCAACCUGACGGAAAUCAAACUGGCCAUGGACCUUCUCUGGCGUAACGACGUCCCCCCGGAAAAGGUCGUCCUCGGGGUAGGCUUCUACGGACGGUCCUUCCAGCUGGAGAGUCGGACAUGCUCAUCGCCUGGAUGUCAUUUUAAAGGGUCUGCAAAGGCGGGUGAUUGCACGGAUAACCCGGGGACGUUGGCAUAUUUCGAGAUUCAAGACAUCAUAUCUAAAGAGGACCCCAAAAUCAUUCACGACAAAGACGCCGGGGUCAAAUACUUUACCUUCAGUAAUAAUCAAUGGAUCAGCUUUGACGACGCAGACACCUUCAAGCAAAAGACCGACUACGCCAACGAUGUCGGUCUCGGCGGGCUCAUGAUCUGGUCAAUCGACCAGGAUGACAAGCAGUUUACCGCACUUGAGGGCCUCCUUGGUACAUCACUGCAAGAUUAUGACCUGAACCUGAAACGCGCCGAGGCCACAGACGCGGGCCAUUGGACCUCCAUCAACGGACAGCAAUGUAUUAUGACAGACUGCGGCAACCCCCCAAAAUGCCCAUCGGGUUACGCAAUGGCGCCAAACGGCGAUGGGUUCCAGGAUACCUGCGGCAGUACCAAGUAUAAGAUCAUCUGCUGUCCGCUGGACGCAAUGCCGACGGAGUGUCUCUGGCGCGGUGGGGAGUCCUCUGUGGGGAGACCUUCCUGCCACGGCCAGUGUCAUACUGGCGAGUCAACGCUGUUCCACUCGCGGCACGCGACCAAGAACUGCCUGCGGCCAGGAUUCCAGGCAUUCUGCUGUACAGCAGAGACGUGGGCGCGCCAGAUUGAGGCGUGUGUGUAUGGCAGCUGUGGGAAGAAGUGCGGGGCCGAGGACAGCACCAAGGACAUGGUCAAGAUUGUCCAAAGGCAGGAUAACUGCUACUGGGGCCAGGUGCAGCAGCUGUGCUGUCCGGUUGAUGCGACGUUCCAGAACUGCCACUGGGUCGGCAAAGGGACCUGUGAUGAUAAUGAAUGUGAUGACAAUGAUGUCCAGGUGGACACGGCCACGUUCGGCGAUAGCCCCGGCAGCUGUGUAGGGAACAGUCGCAAAAAGGUGCUCUGUUGCGAUAGCCCGAAGAACAUCAACCCCUUCCUGCCUGUGGCGCUGGAUAAGGUAUUCCCGACUCUCCCACCAGCUGAUGAUUAUCCCCAGUUCGACCUGCAGAACCUGGGCGCGAACGGCGUGAUCUCCACCGAUCUAAACUCAAAUACUUUUGGCAUGAUUAUCAUCGUGGGACCUGAGGAUACAGUGCGGUCCCUCCGUCGGCGAGAUGGAUCAGACCUGCACGUCCUCGAUUGUGGGAACAUCCGGGCUGACGGACGCAGUCACAUCCGGCUUGUCUGUCCCCGAGAGUUCAACAGCACGUGCGACAAGCUCCAUCGGGGGGGCAUCGAGGGGACCAUUCUCCGCAUGCCAGAGGGCUGUGGACCGGGCAGCUAUAUGGUAUUGCAUGCUCUUCGCCCAGCGACAGACCGGUCCCUGCCGUAUCAUGUCGCUCGCUCGGCCUCUUGGGACCCGGAGAUCUUGGAGGCAGAGAUCUCGUACGAUUUUGGCCUGGUCAAGCGCGAUUCCGGAGACAUCUACAUCCGAAUCGACUACUCAAAUAGCAUGGGAUACUGGGACUCCAUCGUGCAGGGGGAUCCCGCCAGGAAGAAACGGUCCGCGACUCCCCUGCAUGAGCGAUUCUACAGCUCCUCGGCCUCCGAUUGGAAGGCCAAAUUCGACGAGGUCCGCAACGCAGGCAAGACAAUUACCCGUCUAGGCCAAGGAUACCUGGAGAAAAGCAAGUUCGACAUCCUGCUCAGCGGCGAGACCAAGGACGACUGCUCCUCCUCAAGCGCCGACGGAUUCCUGAAGAUGGACAUAUCGGGGACGCUGCACGAGGAAUUGGAAUUUGGAUACUCGUUCUCUGACCCUCACGGGGCCCUGAACUUCAACGGCAAGGGCUACUUAUCGGUUCCCGCGGGCAUGUCCGGUGAGAACAUGUUCAGCAGCCCUGUGAGCGCCUGGGGGUUUUCGCACCCGGGGAUCUGCGACUUCGGGCCCUGGGUCAACGUUGAAGUCCAGAUGACGGGAAAAGGUGAGAUUAACGGCGACUUUACGGCAAACUUCAUCAUCGGUAAUGACGGGGCUGUCUCGGAUAGUCUGCCAACGUCGACGGGCAGUCAUUCAGGGAGUGUGAGCAAUAAGUUACUCUCGAACUCGUUCUCGGGAGCCCUCACAUUGCCGUCUUCCUCUUCCUCUGCCUCGUCAUCAUCUCCGAAGAAGAGACAGAGUAGUGAUGGGACAAUCCUCGCCCUGCGCUUUCUCACCACCUCCCAAAUGAAACUAAACCUCAACUUCUUCGAGUCCAAGCAGGUCGCCGCCGGCGUGCAGUUCAACCAGUCCCUGGACAGCUACCUACGUAUCAAGAAGACGAGCGACGGCUCCCCGCAGAUCGUCUUCAGUAAUUCGCAGGGAACGAUGGAGUCCUAUACCGUCGGUGAGCUUCCCUGGGACGACGACCCGGUUCAAAGCAUCAUCGGUCACGGUAAGGCACUCAUUCUCCACGAGGGCGCGAAGACGCCUGAUUCGCGCGACGCACCGGAUAUCAAUGGGUAUGCGCUCUUUGGGGGCCACGAUCUCAUGGACUGCAGUAACAGUGGGGGGAGCGGGUCCGGUCUGGAUGACUGUUACUGCAUGAGCGAAAUGGACCAGUUCGAUCGCACGCUGGAUCUUGAUCCGGAGACUGGAGGUGCGUAUGAUUCCGUUACCAAACGGCGACGACGACGGCGCCCAGGAAAUCGACGAGUUCAUGAUAUGCACAUGCACAUGUCCACGCCCCAGCUGCGAGACUAUGACCCGACCCUGGACUUGGAUCCGGAGACUGGAAAGCCCUAUACGGAGGAUGACCUGAUGGUCAAGAUCGAUCUCCAGGGUCGUGCCAUCAACUAUGGGGCACCGGUCAACUAUGGCGUGAAUCCCUCCGGCGGCAACGGUUGGGACAUCACCAUGGGCCGGUACCCGAACGGGCAGAACGGGGCGAGCUUGAACCAAGCCCGAGGAGGCACAACGGACCUGUAUGGGGCAGCGAGCUGCGGGGAUUGCGGGGACAUCGGGGUGAGUUCGACAAGCGACGAUCCGAACUCGCGGGCAGUGAGCGAGCACAUUCAGGAACGGCAGACGGAGCCACGGGCGCAAGAAUUCAUGAUGAACGGACAGGCAAGAAGGGGAGACUCGACACUAGUGAGAAGCUCCCACCCGAGAGUUCCCAGAUCCUAUCUCGAUACGAACAGUUACCUGUUCACGGAUUAUGCAACCUGGGACCCCAACGGCCCGUCGACCAUCACCGUCGGCCAGACACAGAUCCCCGUCACCGGGCGGCCGAUCGACAUGAUCACGAACGCGUAUGGGUCCGAUACGAACCCGAAUGUGCUGGUGAACGCGGACAGUGUACUGAAUGGGUACAAGGCCCGCGUGUGGGUGGGACAUCAGCCCAUGGGCGAUGCGACGUGGAAUGAAAACGGGUUCGACCUCGCAGACGAGGGACGUACCACGGGCGCGAUUACGGCGAUCCGAACGACAAUGCAGGUGAUCAGCUAUCUGAACGAGGACCAGGUCAAUGCCAACUGGGCGACUGUUGUGAAUACUGUGGUGGCGAUCUAUGAUGACUAUCAGAACCGGGUGCAGCGAGUGGACAAUGUGUCGAUUUACCCGCGCCAGCUGUACCAGGAGUACAUGCUGCGCGUAGUGAUUCCGGACAUUGAGAACAUGGAGGUCUGGGUGACGCGGCGAAUUAGUCAGUUGUGGGAUCUCUGGCAGCCACUGGUGGGCCAGACGGACUGGGCUCAACUGAUUCUCGAUGAGCUGGAAGGGAUGCAAGAUGACAUGGACUCUUUGAUAUUGGAUUUUACCAGAUUGAAUCUGGGGCUGGGUUAA